CUUACUCUGACUUUUCACUCCAGAGCGGGAUCCUGUGAGCAUUGAACGCAGUAACCUUGUAAAUAUCUGCAAACUGGUGGUCAAGGAGCUGAUCGAGUCUUCCCUCAAGUUUGGACGUAUGUUGGAUUCAGAUUCUGUGCCUCUGCAGCAUUUCUUUAUCGUCUUAGAACAUGUUUUACGCCACGGGCUCAAACCUAAACGGGGUAUCUUAGGACCAAAAAAGGAAUUGUGGGACCUCUUCCAAAUGGUGGAAAAAUGGAGCUAUGAAGCGCAAGACAUCACAGCCAGUGUACGUGAUUUACCAACAGUCAAAACCCAUAUUGGGAGGGCACGAGCCUGGCUUCGCUUAGCCUUAAUGCAGAAGAAACUGGCUGAUUAUUUCCGGCUCUUGAUUGAGAGACGGGAUGAUCUACUCACAGAAUUUUACGAGCCUGGAGCCCUCAUGCUAGCUGAUGAAGCCAUUGUUAUCAUGGGCCUCUUGGUUGGACUGAAUGUCAUUGACUGUAAUUUAUGUGUAAAGGAAGAAGAUUUAGACAGCCAAAUGGGUGUCAUAGACUUUUCUUUGUAUCUCCGAAAUGCUGGAGGAGAAGCCAGCCCUGAUGACAGUCCGGAACAGACAGACAUGACAACCGUAUUGGACCAGAAAAACUACAUUGAAGAGCUUAAUCGCCAUCUGAAUGCUACAGUCACAGACCUACAAGCAAAAAUGGAGACUCUUACCACCACAAAUGCACUGAUGAAAGAGGACCUGGCCAUUGCAAAAAACUCAAUAUUGCAUUUGCAAGAGGAUAAUGACCGUUUGCGUAAGGACAAGGGGCUCCCAACUCAGCAACAGCAAGAACAGUUAGAUAGGGAGGCCAAGAAAGCUAGUCGCAUUAGUGUCAUUGGAUGCGAGGAAGAAAUGCAGGACCUUAAACAACAACUGGAAGAAGAAAGUGCUCAUAGGAAGCAGGUUGAGAGAGAACUUGAACUCCAGAUUCAAAUGAAAGCUGAGAGCGAAAUGGCAGCAAAAUUGUUGGAGAAGGACAUUCAUGAAAAGCAGGACACCAUCAUUUCCCUACGACGGCAGUUGGAUGAUAUCAAAGUCAUCAAUUUGGAGAUGUACAAGAAAUUACAGGAAUGUGAGAGCUCAUUAAAACAGAAAACUGAACUCAUCGGUCGGCUGGAGGCCAAGGCAGCUGAAAUGGCAGAGACCAUACGCAAUUUGGAGGCACAGUAUGUAUUCCAAGGUCCCCAGUCUUCUAAUGAUCCCUCACAAGUAGGGCACAGAGCUCGGUCCAAGUCGUAUUAUGGGUCAGUGUCCAAUAAUGAAGGUGAUGAGAAGGAGGAAGGAGAGGGACACAAAGGGGUUGGGAAAUCUUUGAGCAUGUCGGAGCUUCAAAACAGGGCAACUGGUGACUUGUGAUAUGAAUAUUAAGGGAUGCUAAGUAGCAUAACUAUGAUGAUGAUGAUGAUGAUGAUGAUGAUGAUUAUGAUGAUGAUCUAAUAUGAGUUAUAUAUAAUGAAAACCGCUUUUUUAUGUACGGCUAUGAUUAUUGAUUUGCUGUGAUUUACAUACCUUGCAUAGACAUUCAACAUGGUACCUAGUCACUUCUUAACUCUGACACUGUGUGAGCUAUGAUAGUAUUGAACACAACCAAGAUAUGGACAAUUAUGCUGAUUUUUUUACACACUUUCUUAGGAAGCAGGAGAAUAAUUUGAUUUCUGUCAUGUUCAGUAGCCAUGGGUGUCAUUCACUUGUAAUAAAAAAGAAAUUAUAACAAAUUCUAAUAUAGAAUUUUAUAUGUAAUCUUCAUUCUUCUUGAUUGGGAGAGUAGGAAUGCUUCAUUAGAUAAACAAAAAUUGGCAAACCUUCAGCCCAGUGUUGUAUAUUAUCAGCUGAGGCAGCCAUGAUCACCUAAGGAACUUUGUGCUGAUAAAGUAACACAUUUACGCUGAAGCUGUGCCCCCCCCACUUUACCAAUGUUUGUUGUGAUAACGUUGUAGUAUUAUAUCAAUGCAUAAGAUGUACCACACCUAUCAGAUAUUGCCAAAUAAAGGAAAUUAUAACCUAA